UGAUUGGAAUCAAAAUUGGAAUUUGGAAACUUGGAAUUGUGAUUUAUGUGCGUUAUUUCGUGUACGUGUGCUGCAGCUGUGAUUUGUACUUUGUUCGAAGUUUUUGCUGAAUUUCACGAAUCAUGUCAAUCUGGGGCGCCGAUCAUGAUCUACCUACAGAAUUCCUCGAGGUCUUAUAUGGAGCUGAUGUCGAGAUUUCUGAUGAAGAGGGUCGAUGUGAUGGAUCAGAAAUGAGUGAAACGGACCUGGAAGACGAGGACGACCCAAUGGCACCUCCACGAGAAGUGUCCCGCGAGACGUCACAAGCAGUGUCCCGAGAGAGGUCACGAGCAGUGUCCCGAGAGAGGUCACGAGCAGUGUCCCGCGAGAGGUCACGAGCAGUGUCCCGCGAGAGGUCACGAUCGCCAUUGUCGUUUUCGUCAAAAUCUGCCACGGUGCCUGCAGAUUCCGGGGUUUUGCGGACCUCUGACGAGUUUGGUGCGCCGCUAGACGAACGGACGACGGGCGUCGAAUUUUUAGCCCUGGAUAUCCGCCCAGAGUUUGAAUUUUUCGACGCCAGUGAUGGAGCUGAUCCUCUCUUAGGCCUGGAACCCCAGAACCUUGACUUUGAAUGGUAUCCUAUGGAGACCUUUCAAGGUCAAGAACAAAAUUUUCAGCCCGAGCGUACUGGUUCGGUUCGGGUUUUCGAUUCAGCCUAUGACGCUUUUCGUUCCUAUUGGAGCGAUAAGGUCUUAGAUUUAAUAGUAGACGAAACGAACCUUUAUGCUUCGAAAAUUUCUUCUGCUGCAUUCCAGGCUGAAUGGUUCCCCACAAAUUUGCACGAAAUUUUAUGCCUCUUUUCGUUCUGGAUGAUGUUGGGGAUCCUCAAAAUGCCAACUGUUACUAGUUGUUUUUCUGUCGAUCCUCUCCUGAAAACGGAAGUCUUCAGACGCAUCUUUACACGAAGAAGGUAUGAAAUGUUAAAUAGAGCUUUACAUUUUAUAGAUUCCGACCCCGAUAUGGAUAACAAAAAUCCCUCCAACACUGGCGCCAGAAGCUUUGACCGAUUACACCGUUUGAGACCAAUAUUAACACAUUUAAAUUCAGCUUUUCAAUCAAAUUAUAUUCUAAGUAAAGACAUUUGUAUAGAAUCGAAUUUCAAACAGUAUAUUCGGAUCAACGCUUCUAAGUUUGGGAUCAAAACAUUCGAGCUUCGUGAGAGCACCACCGGUUACCUGUGGUCGUUCAUUGUUUACACCGGUAAACAAUCCGCAACAGAUCUGGAGCAGGCGCCCGGAGUGCUUGAAAGCACAGCUGUUGUGAAAAAGCUCAUCGGUCCCGUACUGAACAAAGGGUAUAGAUUGUUUAUGGACAAUUGGUACACUUCACCCCUUUUAGCUAGAUUCCUGAAGCUCAAUGGUACCGACUGCGUUGGUACUUUAAGAUCUUCCCAUCGCGAUGUUCCCGUUGUAAUAAAUAAGACUCCUCUUAAAAGGGGAGAGUACAUCGCCAGACAUUCAGGCGAUGUCACUGUUCUGGCAUGGCAAGACAAGAAACUAAUAACCAUGAUUUCCACUUGUCAUGGUGCAUCUACAGCCUUGCCUACAGUCUCUUCCAGACCAUCAUCUCGGCCAGAAGCCCUUAAACCACAAGUGGUACUGGACUAUAAUAAAUUCAUGAGGGGUGUUGACAUGAAAGAUCAGAUGUUGGAGCCUUAUUUAUUAGAAAGGAAACGUUGCAAAAACUUGUACACGAAACUUUUUAAACGCCUUCUCAAUGUGUCCAUUCUCAACUCUCGCAUUCUUCUGCAGUCAUGUACCCAAAAAAACUUUGAUCAUUUAGCUUUCCGCCUUCAGCUUGUAGAUACCAUCCUUUCAAAUCAUCUAUCACAUUGUCCACAAAGCCGUAAACACACUGUGUCUAGUAGUAGAUCUACGCACGAUCAACCUAGUAGAUUUGUCCUUUCUACACAUUGGCCUAUCUUAUUGGAAUCGACCGAGAGCUGCUCAUCACGCAACCGAAAUUUCUGGAAGCGUUGCUUUGUUUGCCUGAAAAAUGGCAAAAAAAAUCAAAAAACCCCAUACUGUUGCGAAUCCUGUCGCGUGCCAUUGUGUGUAAAGGAUUGUUUUAAGGCUUAUCAUACACCACCAUAAUACCUUUCUUACCAAUUAUUCACAAACAACUAUUAAAAAACCCGGCGUAAGAAACUUACAUUCGCAUAUUGUGAUUUUAGUCUAAGAAAAUUAGUUUCAAAAUCAUCGAUCAGACCGAAUAAUUCAUGUAGUUUUAAAAGUAAUUGGAACAGAUUCCUAAAGGUGUCCAGAUGAAUAUACUAAAAGUUCCCGAGGGAGGGACACGAGCCGGCAGUGGAGGGAAAGGUCUCUUUUUCAAGGUUUUUGCU